GGGCUUCCACCCGGUGCCGCUGUGUGCAGGAGGGGGACACCCAGGAGCGGUCUCACCCGACUCAGCCCCGCGUGAGGCUUUAACACGACCCGCCCAUGGCUUCGCAGGAGAGGACGGAGACCGCGGACAAAGGGCCGAGACUCUGGCACGCCCCCAAGAGCGCCACGUACACCCCGGAGACCUGCGAGCUGCUCCGAGUGAUGAUGAAGGAAUCCCAGCUGACCAACCUCCAGCAGCGCCACAUCAUGGACACCAUAAAAAGAGGAGACCCUUUGCCCCUACAAUGCAACCCGACUUCCAGCCCAAGAAGAUGCUCUGUCAAGCAGCCCACCUCCAGCCAUCUGCCCCCCAUCCUGACCGCCCGCUCUGGCCUCCGGCCCGCCAGUGUGUGCCAGGCCAACGGGGCCUACAACAGGGAGCAGUUCAAGCCUCGAGCCACAAGAGAUCUGGACAAGGAGAAACGAAGGCUCCAAAACAUCUUCGCUACUGGGAAGGACCAAGAGGAACGGAAAAAGAAGGAACCCCCUGUGCAGCAGCAGGACCCAGGCCCGGAGGUGGACCGGUUUGAAGAACUGGUGAAGGAGAUCCAGGACAGGAAAGAAUUCCUGACUGCCAUGGAGGCCCUGGGGCAGGGCAAGCAAUACCGAGGGCUCAUCCUCGCUGAGAUCUCCCAGAAACUCCGGGAGAUGGAAGACAUUGACCGCAAGAGGAGCAAGGAACUUAGCAAGGUUCUAGCCUCCACGUAAGAUGAGCAGGCCAGCGCAGCCUGGCCACAGGAUCCCACCCACACCGGCCUCCAGCCAUGUCAGCUGGUGGUGUGCCACUUCCUUGAUGUACAGAAGCCAAGGGGCUCCCUCGACCCUCCAGGGAUGUUUGGCACCCACAGUCAGACACAGACUUGGAAUGCUGGAAUCUUUUCUAGGGUGAGCGCCCAGAUCCAGUGAAGGCAAGGCCCAAGCCUCACCCAUCCCGGACAUGCUGCAAGGCCACCCAGCGGUCCCUCCCACCCACCACCCACCUCCGCAGCCUCUGGGGAUCCCGUUUGUGGCCUUUCCGAACUUAGGAAUGAAGAGGACUCCUUCCAUCUGCUGUCUUAGGACCUAUUAUUUAUUUGACUUUUUGUAGCCUCUGCAAGGAUUAAUUGGCCUUAAUAAAACACAUUUAACUUGGGGGUCUCCACAUGCAACUCCCUGCUUUCAGAGGGAAAAUUAUUUAGAACUUGUCAAGAACAUAUGAUUUCCAUCCAACAGGUGCUGGAUGGAAAGAAAAUCGUGAGACUCCGGUUAGCCACCAGAAAGCUGGAGCACCAGCCUUGAGUGUCCAAGCUCUGUACAGGUGUGUACAUGCAUGCACA